CCCGCUCCUCCCCAGCGGCGGGGAGAGAUGGCGGACCUGGACGUGGGGCAGCACUGCCAGGUGGAGCACUGCCGGCAGCGAGAUUUUCUUCCAUUUGUAUGUGAUGGUUGUUCAGGAAUAUUUUGCCUUGAGCACAGAAGCAGAGAGUCGCACAGCUGUCCUGAGGUGACUGUAGUCAAGGAGAGGCUGAAGUCAGAUACACAUGCGUCUUACCCAUGUGCGUUCAAGGGCUGUGCUGAGAAAGAGCUUGUACCAGUGACCUGUCCUCACUGUGAGAAGAACUUUUGCCUGAGACACCGUCACCAGUCAGAUCAUGAAUGUGAAAAACUGGAACUCCCUAAGCCUCGCAUGGCUGCCACUCAGAAACUUGUUAGAGACAUUAUUGAUUCCAAGACAGGAGAGACAGCGAAUAAGCGACGGAAGGGUGCAAAAAAUAGCGCAACAGCUGCCAAGGUAGCACUGAUGAAAUUAAAGAUGCAUGCUGAUGGGGAUAAGUCACUGCCCCAGACGGAAAGAGUCUACUUGCAGGUUUUCUUGCCCCAGGGGAGCAAAGAGAAGAGCAAACCCAUGUUCUUCUGCCAGCGCUGGAGCGUUGGGAAGGUCAUCGACUUUGCAGCUUCUUUAGCCAGUCUCAGAAACGACAACAACAAGUCCACAGCCAAGAAGUUAAGGCUCUGUCACAUGACUUCUGGAGAAGCGUUGCCCUUGGACCACACGCUGGAAGCCUGGAUGGCCAGGGAGGACUGUCCCUUAUACAACGGCGGGAAUGUUGUCUUGGAGUAUCUUAGUGAGGAAGAACAGUUUGUAAAGAAUGUCGACUCUUACUUGGAAUAGUCAUUCAGGGAUUCAAUCCAGGAAUCAUGAGGAAAAGUCUCUGUGAAGUCAGUUUCUUUUACUACAAAUACUAUAAGUAUUUUUCUAAGUUGCUCUUACAUUUUUUUCAUUAUGUCAUAAUGUCCAUGACAGUUUUCUAUAAAUUGAAUUUAAAUUUUUUGUUUUAAAGUUUAACUAUGAAUUGACGGCUAUUAGCACGUUUUCGUGUUUAAUUCGCUUUUGUUAGGUGUGUUGCUCGUGGGGCUGUGAGCUGUCGUUUGACUGCGACUGCUCCGUGUCACCUUGACUCCAGGAUCCACGCUGAGUGUUCCGAUGUCCCUUUUGGGACGUUGCUGUUCUGUGCAGAGGAAGAAAGAUGCUCUGCAGGGUACAUGUAUCUCUUGCUUUGAGCAGGUAACAUGCAGGCGUAGCACCAUGGUGCCGGGAGUGGAGCUGCUCCGUGUGCCUGCACCAUGGCGUAUGCAUUGAUGUGUGUACGCGAAUCAGGAACUGCGGGCUUGUCUCAUUCACUCUUCCGAGUUUCUGAGUGAGGAACCUCAGGCCUGGGGAGGAGAAGUGCUUUUGCUGCUGUCACCUACCUGCUGUGGGGCAUGGUUCUGACUAAGGCUCUCUUCCUGGGCGUCACCACCUGUGUUUGUUUGUGGGCAUGGAUUCAAAUGAGAAGAAAGAUGGCGCAGCUCAACUCGAUGGCAGUCUCUUCUACCCACCAAAGCAAAGUGCACGCCAAGAGUGACUACGUUGUACCCUCAACAAAGGACUACUGUAUGGAGGGAACAGAAAUUAUUUCUGUUUGUUCUUUGUCCCUUUUCUAUUUUAAUUGUCAUGGACUUGCAGAGUGGCUUUAGGUUUAAUUAAAGGAAUGAAUUCGGAAUGUU